AAUUUCCGAUGUGCUGCUCUGCAAUGCGACGGAUCGGGUGUCAUUUUGGUUUGUGGUCACAGAUUCUUCCAAAAACAUGACAACUGUUCCUGGAAGUGAGGUAGAGGCAGCCAUCAGGAUGAACCGGAACAGAAUCAACAGUGCCUUCCUACUGAAUGACAAAACACUGCAGUUCCUGAAGAUAACUUCAACCUUAUCGCCUCCAGUUGAACCCUCCACACCUGUCUGGCUUAUCGUGUUUGGUGUUGUUCUUUGUCUCAUUGUGGCUGGAAUUGUUUUCCUCGUUGUUGCAGGGAUUCAACAACGCAAGAAAAAGAAUAAAGAGUCAACAGAGAGAGAAAAUUUGGAAGAGAAAGGCGAAGUGACAGUAGCGGUAGAAAAUGGGAUUCCUUGCGAAACGCUGGAUUUAAAAGCAGGCCACAUUAAUGGAGUCUUUGCAGCAGAUGAUGAACGGUUCACAUCCUUAUGAAAUGUUGCCAUUGCUAUCUAGCGGUUUUUUGAAAGAACUCCUGUGCCUACCUUAUCUCGUCAUUACUUCUGAAUAUCAAACAUGAAGACCAGAGAAAUGUCCUUUCACUUAAUUUCCCUCGAGAGAACCUUUUACUGAUAACACAUACACUCAAACCUCCAUUUACAGAGCUUUUGUUCAUGAGCAAAGCAAAUGAGAAGACCUCAGAUGAUAUCCAUUAAAGAUUUCCAGAAGCUGUGUAGCAGAACAGGGUUAAAAUGUGCCUUGUGACAGGCAUUUAAUUUUUAAUGA